AUGAAGUUAAAGAAAUAAUCAUCUCAAAAAGAGACUUCUAAAAAAGAAUAAAAAAAGAGUAAUAUCAAAUUAUAACAUAGUGAGAAGAGGAUUUAAAGCCUGUAAAUCUUGUGGAUUCGAACUUCAUAUACAUUAAAAAAUUUGUAAGAAUUGUAAUCAUGAAAAUACAUUUGUGAAUAAAGUUUCAUUUACUUAAUCCAAAAACAAUACUAUUGAUUUUUUUAAAAAGAUAACAGAAACAUAAACUAAAGGUAAUUUACAAUACUUUAUUAAUUUAGAAAAUAUUGAAAAGAAAAUAAAAAAAGUUCCUUAAAAAUUAAUGACACGCAUUCAUGUUUUUAAGAAAUCAUUCCUCUAUAAUAAUGAAAGCAAUUUAGAUGAAAAUUUAAUCAAAUCUAUAUAUAAUAAUACAAUCCAAUAAGAAAGAAUAGAUCUAAUAUAAAGAAAUGAAUUUAAAUUAAACAAAAAAGAAAUUUUGGUAGAUUCCCUUCCUGUUGAAAGUGGUCAAUUUCAUAAAUUAGAAAAGGGUUACUUACUUUAUUUUGGUUGUUCUUUAUUGAAUAUAGUAAUAAAUAAAGGUGUUAUUUUAGCGAGUAUCUAAAUGAAUUAAUAUGAAAACUAAUAGUUUAGCUAAUUACAUCUAUAUGGCAAAACCUAUAAUGGUUAAGGAGUAUUGGGAAUCAUAUAAUAAUAAUAAAUUAGAUACAUGCAUCAUAAUGAAGGUGCAAUAAGUUAAAUCAAAUUCUAUCCAUAAUCAAUAACUACAAUUGGUACUAUCAAUUCAAAUGGCAGCUUUACAAUGCUUUCCUUCAUAAACAUAAUAUCUGAUGAAUUGAAAAUAUUAUGUAAAAUAAGUGUUCCUAAUCAAAUAUUAAAUUGCUUUGAUUGGUGUCCUUGCAAAGAAUCUAAAAUAUCUGUUGGAGAUUAAGAAGGGAAUAUUUAUAUCAUUGAAAUUAAAGGUGAAAACUUUUUAAUUAUCAAUUUUUUUGAAUCAUAUCAUAUGGGAAUUAUUAAAGAUCUUUAAUUUUAUAUUCAUAAUGAUAAUAACUCUCCUUUAUUAUUAAGUGGAGGUUAUGAUGGUAAUCUUAAAAUAAUUAAUCCUUCUAAUUCUUAAGAAAUAUUCAAUAGACAUAUAACAUCAAAGGGAAUAUCAUAAGUUAAAUGGGAUAGAGGUGGAAAAUUUAUAUUAUGUAUUAAUGAUGAUCCAAAUCAAAAAGCUUUAAUGUUUUGUUUCUUUUCUAUUAUAAAAAAAGAUUCAAUUCAAGUUCUAUAGAAUGUUGAAAAAAGACUUAUACAGCCAUUAACUGGUGAUGAUGAGACUCAAGUAAAUAUUAAAUUUUAUUUAGAGCUGUGCAUUUAAUCCAUUCCAUCAUAAGAUCUAUUUUGCAUCAUAGAAUGGAACUAUCUAUGGAGCAGAUAUUGAAUAAAUUAGAAAAUAAGCUAUAAAAAAAGAGAAGAAAUAAACAUAUUAAUCAGCAGUAGUUCAUUUUGGUUAAGUUCUUUUAGAAAAUAACACAAUUUCAUACAUAACAUCGAAAACUUCAGGAAACUACAAGAAACCUAUUUAGGUAUUUCUAAUAUUCAAAUUUAGUAUUAUGAUUGGAGUUAAGGGUAUCAUUUUAUAGAUGUAGACGAAUCAGGAAAUUUAAUUUUGGGAAACAUUCUAGGAGUUUUAAUUAUGUUAUGA